AUGCUGCGCGUUAGUAAUCGAAAAAUUGCAGGUUUUGAAGUUCGAUGGGCAUCUUUUCCUGGUUUUUCCAUUCUUUUCGAUAAUCCCGGAGAAAACUACUUAAAGCCACGCUCGUCCAAACUCUUCGAACUUCAUAACAAAGUUCACGAGGAUUCUGCUCUACACUUUUACACGAUUCUUGAUGAAGGAAUGGCACGUUUGAAUGUGAAUGCACUGCUCAAUCAAUUUCUUUUUUGUGCUCUUCCAUCAACUACGUAUCAUGUGACUGUUUGGAGUGGUUUAAAUUGUAAAAAUAUAGUAAACAUCGAUCCACAAUAUCGACCAAUGGCUGAAAAAUGGUUAUCCGAUUUGCCGCAAUCGACGUGCAACACAUCUGACGACAUUCUUCAAUUACCUCUGAUGUCAUCGCUCUGCACGAAACAGGAUUGGAAUAUCAAUUUCCGUUUCGAUCAUCUUGAUAUAUGGAACAGUUCAGUACUUGCUGUUGUUUUACGUCCUGAUGAUGAUUCACUCACCAUCUUCGAGCAAUUUGUAGAAGAGCGUACUCGAUUGAAUACACAGUUUCAUGAGCGUUUCAAUUUAUUCACGGAUUCGAAAACGUAUACUCCACAUGUGAGUCUUGGCUAUUUCGCGAAUGAAGAAGGUGCACAGAAGGCUAUGAGUUCUCUCCAUGACUGGAACACUUGGUUUAAAAGCGCUCUGCAAGAUAAUGUUCUUUCAUUCAAUCACGCAAGUCUCUAUGGUCUUACUGAUAUGAUAACGUUUUUUAAAACGGACGCAUGUUGA